AUGACAGCCACUCUGCAUGCCGUCUUCCGCGAAGGAGCCACUGCUCUCAUCACAGGAGCUGCCUCUGGGAUUGGCCUCGCAACCGCCAAGUUCUGUCAUGCCCAUUGCAUGAAUUUAUGCCUUCUAGACAUUAAUGCAAGCGGCCUUGAUAAGGCUGCCAGCGAACUUUCCAAUAGUUCCACUACUACUGUUUCUAAAUUCACAGUCGAUGUUUCCAACCUGAGUGACUGGGAGAAGAUCCGCCAGGAAAUCCUCAAUCUCUACCCUGGCGGGGUUGACUUCCUCAUGUUAAAUGCUGGCGGUGCUUUCAAACCAGCUUCUGGGAAAACUCCCUGGCAGGAUCCUGAACACUUCCAAAAAACAUUUGCCGUCAAUACUUUGGGCUACACAAACGGCAUUGCAACAUUCAUCGACAGCCUGACGGGCAACAAAGACGAGCAGCUGCAGCGCGCAGUAGUCCUGACCGGCUCCAAGCAGGGAAUUACAAACCCACCCGGUAAUCCAGCAUACAACGCCUCAAAAAGUGCGGUGAAGACUAUUGCUGAGCAUCUAUCCUUUGAUUUACGUCACACCAACACCAGCGUUCACCUCCUCGUACCUGGCUGGACGUAUACGGGCCUGCAGACUGCAUAUUUCCCCACUAAACCAGAUGGCGCUUGGGCACCGGAAGAGGUCGUCAACUUCAUGAGUCAGAAAAUGGCGGAACAGAAGUUCUAUAUACUGUGUCCAGACAACGAAGUGACCGAGGAGUUGGAUCGUCAAAGAAUGGCUUGGGGUUAUGGCGACAUCGUUUAUGGUCGGCCUGCAUUGUCGAGAUGGCGAGAAGACUGGAAACAGACAGCAGCAAGAGAAAUCCAGGCCACAGAGUUUCCACCAGCGCCUUCUCUAGAAUAG